CCAGCCCACUUUAGCCUAGUCCACUUUACCCUCUUUAGCCCAGUCAACUCCUGCUUCUCAUUUGCACUUUUCUGCUACUGCAGAACUGCCUCUUCUUCUUCUUCUUCUUCUUCUUCUUGUUUUUGCUCUGACAUAAGUUUUAGUUCAUCUGGUUCUUGUUAUUUAUUAAAUUCUCCUGGGGAACUAGAGGUAAGCUUCAUUUUGGGUUCUUCUGGAAAGAUUUUCCUGUAUUAAAAUCAGACAUUGACUCUAAAUUUCAAUUUCCUGUUUAUAACACUAUAUAUCAAUCUCUAACUUAGAGGGUUUGAAUUCAGUUGAGAUUUGGUAUCUGGGUAGCGGUCCAUUUGGGAUUUGCUUUGUUGACUUGAGCUUGGUGUAAUUGUGUUGGCUGCUUCUGCUUUCCUUUUCUUCCAGCUAUAUGUAUCAUAUUUUAUGUACAAAUUUCUGUCAAACUGAUCAGCAAGGGAUCGCAUUCUCACACAACUGACUUGAGGAUUACCCAUUUGUUUGUUGCAUAACAUGCAUGUCACAUUUCUUCGAUGUUUCCUGUUUUGUCUAUUUUUUUUUCCUUUAAUAUCAUAUACUCAAUCCGUUGACUACACAAAUGAAAUGAUUCAUUGUUGAAUCUUUUUUUUUUUUUUUUUUUUUUUUAAACAAGCUAAAGAUGAUGCUUAAUUACUAGGCAGCAUGAGUUCACAUAGUGUUUUAGUUAUAUAUUUUUAUUCUUAAUAUUGAUUUCUCUGGAAGAUGAUAUAUCUGACUUGAGAACUAACAAAUGGGGCCAACUUAUAUGAAUAAAUAACCAGCAAGUAGUUGGCUAAUGACCCUGUUCAGGCUAAAAUAUUGUGUGAAAAUAAAAUUUUAGAUAGCUAAUUGGGUUUUCAACUGGAGACCUUUAGCCUGAUCUAUUGUCAAGCUUUGCAAGGCAAUGGCAAGCAUGAGAAUUACCGAAACCAAAGAGUUUUUUCCUCUUAUAUUGUGCUUGAUAUCGUUCUUCAGUAGCUUCUUUUCAUUUUCAUCUCAUGCAACAGAUACACUUACAUCCGAAGGCACACUAAGAAACAAUGAAACCCUGGUAUCAAAUGGUGGGAUUUUCGAGCUUGGCUUCUUCAGCACUGAAAGCUUUUCAGACUAUCACUAUCUGGGGAUAUGGUUGAGAGCUGAUGCAAACAAGGUUGUCUGGGUUGACCGUGAAAAUCCCAUUUUGGCUUCAUCUGGCUUGCUUCAAAUUUGGUCUGGGAAUUUGGUUCUCAUGGACAGGCGACAAGUGCAAUUGAUAGUCAAUUCUGGAUAUGUUGCCACUGCCACAACUAACACAAGUGCAACACUUCUUGACACUGGAAAUUUGGUCCUUAAGGAAGCAGAUACAGGUACUAUUAUAUGGCAGAGUUUUGAUAUUCCAAGCGAUACGUAUCUUCCUGGUAUGAAACUUGGGUUGUUUGGCCUAAACAGUACAAACAAGCCAGGCUUUCACGUGCUUGUUUCUUGGGUAAGCCCCAAAGACCCUGCUCGUGGCCUCUUCACCUUAACUGUUGAUGGCACCAACUUAACAAAGCUUAAAGUUUGGCGAGGAGAUGGAGCAAAAAUGGAUAUUGCUUUUUGGGACGGACAUGGGUUACAGUUUGUUUUUGAGAACUCAACAGGGAAUAAUAACUACAACUUUAGCUACCAGUCCAAUAAAUAUGAGGCCUAUUACACUUUUAGCAGCAGUCAGAAGUAUGAUCUCAUGUGGUUUGUAUUGGCUUCCACUGGAAACCUUGAACAGUAUGUUAUGUUGGACAAGAAGAUUUCUUCUGUGAGUCAUACUUUGUGUGAGGAUGGUGGGAUGUGCUUGACUUCAAUACCCUCUAAGUGUGACGAUGGUGGUAAUUUUCUUGAGGUGAAUGGUUCUUUGCCAUCUACAUAUAAUAGUGGAUCCAUCAAUAUGAGGGCCAGUGAUUGUGAAAUUUUAUGCAAGAACAAUUGUUCUUGUUCCGCAUUUGCUUCAGUUCAGAAUGAAGAAACUGGAUGUCAACUUUAUUAUGGGAGUAAACGUGAAUUAUUGAAGAUUAUAGAGAAGGGUCCAGGGAUUAUUUACAUCCGCGGUGGCACUCCAAGUGAUAGUAAGAAGUGGAAGCUGUGGUUGGCUGUUGCAGUUCCUUUGGCUUUCCUCUUGGCUCUUAUUCCAAUCUCCUUGUCAUGCUAUUUGUGUCGACGUAAAGAAGAUCAGGUAACCAGGCGGAAAGGCUUUUGUGAUCAAGUAAGAUUAUUCCAAAUGGGCUCCAAUUUUGCAUCAACAGUUCCCCAUGAUGAAGCUGGAGGAGGUGCAGAUAACAUUGAAAUAGGCAGACAGAAGGAUCAAGAAUUGCCCUUAUUUAGUUUUUCUACCAUAAAGACUGCAACAGAUAACUUUGCAGAUACUAAUAAACUGGGGGAAGGUGGAUUUGGGCCUGUCUAUAAGGGCAAGUUGCUAGUAGGACAGGAAAUUGCAGUCAAAAGGCUGUCCAAAAUUUCCCGGCAAGGAUUGAGGGAGUUCAAAAAUGAAGUCUCAGUAAUUUGUAAGCUCCAGCACAGGAAUUUGGUUCGGCUUUUGGGGUGCUGCAUUGAAGCAGAAGAGAGUAUACUAAUUUAUGAGUACAUGCCCAACAAAAGUCUGGAUUGCUUCAUUUUUGAUUCAACCAACCGGGCACUUAUGGAUUGGAGGAGGUGUAUUGGCAUCAUUGAAGGGAUUGCUCAAGGUCUUCUCUAUCUUCAUAAAUACUCAAGAUUAAGGAUCAUUCACCGUGAUUUAAAGACCAGCAAUAUACUGUUGGACAGUGAGAUGAACCCGAAAAUUUCUGAUUUUGGCAUGGCUAGAAUUUUUGGGGAUGACGACAGUAGAGGAAAAACGAAUCGGGUUGUUGGUACAUUUGGUUACAUGUCUCCUGAGUACGCCAUGGACGGCCUGUUUUCUGAAAAAUCAGAUGUCUUUAGCUUUGGGGUGAUCAUAUUAGAGAUCAUAAGUUGCAAGAAGAACAUUGCCUUCUUUGAGACUGAUCAUUCUUUGAACUUACUUGGAAAAGCUUGGUAUUUGUGGAAAGAAGGCAAUGGCAUGGACUUGAUUGAUUCUACUCUCUGCGCUUCUUGUUCAAGCAGUGAAGUUAUGAGAUGCAUACAAAUGGGUCUUUUGUGCGUCCAAGAAAGAGCUAUGGAUCGACCAAAUAUGUCAGAUGUUGUUUCGAUGCUAAGCAAUGAAUCAAUUGCUCUACCUGUUCCUAAAGAACCUGCAUUUUUGAAUCAGCUAAAUUCUGCUAAUGCAGAUAUAUCUUCAAGUAAGCAAAGAUGUAGCUGUAACAAUGAUCUAACAGUUUCCUCAGAACAUGCCAGGUAGUCGAUUGGUAUUUCCUAUACUUUGCCGGUAAUAAUACUGCUGAAGUUGUAAUGUUGUAGAGUUUGUUUUAGUUGUAUCGAAGCUGUUACACAAUGAAAUGAAAUCCACAUUUUACCCUUCUAGGCCA